CUCACGAUUACCGGCCCAAGAAAGCGCCACUCCCCUCGAAUGGCGGGCACCGCCGCCGCCGCUGCCUCUUCCUCCUCUCCGAUCUCCGCUCGCCGCACCAUUUCCCCGGCUCCUCCUGCUCCCCACCGCCGCCGCUUCUUGCCGACUACUAGGCAGCUGUGCUCCAUGCCUCGAGAAACCAAGGUUAAUCUAUAUCCACUUAUCAAAAUGCUGAGCCCUUGCUGUCAGAAUGUGUGUUCGCCGAUAUUGACAAGCAAGCUGCUCUGCUGGUGGAUUAGAUAUGUCGUUCAGGAAGCUCGAAGCUGUCUCACAUGGUCGGUCUGCCUGCUGCCAACAGUCACCAGUCAGUCCUGGGAGCAGCCUCUUCCUGGGCCGGUUUUUUCACGUGGUCUAAUUUUGACAUACCUAUUGGGCUGGGCCGGGCCGAAGUAGAAUUUUCCGUGGACCGGAGCUAUUUCCCCCCACUAUAAAAUGGACUCGAACAGCGAUCGGCCCAAGGCCAGGGAAAAGCUUCCUCCCGCUACACCACCGUUCCAACUGCUCGGCGCCUCGGCCUCGCCGCGGACGCCAUUCCCGCCGCUCGCCCGCGCCCCGCCACGCCCGAAUCGAGUCCACGCGAUGGGGAAGGAGGAGAAGGGAGCGAGGGCAGCAGAGAUGGACAGCAGCCUUGGCAAAGCCCGACUCCUGGAGGCCACGGAUUCUGUAUGUGGUGGCGCGGAGGCAGAUGUCACCAGCGAUGCUAGCAAUGAGUGUGAGCACUUCUACUUUGAUACAGAGGAAAUGUACAAGUUCUCAGAUACUAUCAAGCGCUUGAAGGCCAACCCACAGUGCAUGGAUUGCAAGGCCCCCAAUGGGAAGCUGACGCUCGAGGAAACGAAGUCUCGUUUCGUGAUGUGCUCGUGCUGCAGCCAGUGUUUCUGCGCCGGGUUGGUGACCAAUGAGGAGGGUCCAAUGAGCCAGAGCCACGCACGGAGCCAUGCCAACUCAAAAGAAUGUCACCCGGUUCCAGUUGUUCUGUGGAUAGAUCAACCCGAUGCUGCUUACUGCUUUCAGUGUGACCACAGUUUGAGCCUCAAAGUGAUUGCCUCAGCGGCACGUGCUCAUGAGCCCUAUGUUAUCAGAGGGAUGCAAAAUGAAGGGUACACGUGCUUUGUGAAUGCAUUGGUGCAGUGCCUCCUUGCACUUGGUAAGCUGCGGAUGUGGAUGUUUGGUCCUGAUGCUCCAAUGGGGCCCCUUGGUGUGGCACUGAAGGACCUCUUUGUGGAGACAACGGCUGGGAAGGAUGCAGUAGCACCGCUGAACCCAGCUAAACUCUUGGGCAUAGGCGCAUUGAAUGCGAAGUACAAAGACCGUAGUCAGCAAGACAGCCAAGAAUUGCUUCUCGAUCUGCGUUAUGGUUUGAAUGAGGAGGAGCUGCUGAAGAUGCCUCCUUACAUGCAGGAUGUUCCCACAGUUGUUGAAUCCAUUUUCCAGGGUCAGGUGUCUGAAACCUUGACCUGCAAAACUUGCUCAGAAGCGUCGCUUAAGACAGUAUCAUUCUGUGAGCUCUCACUGACAAUGCCACCAGACGGGUAUCCAACCAAAAGUGAAGCACCACAAAGGAGUGGCAGAAAGGCAAGGAAAGGUAUUAGAGACCUAUUUCAACAAAUUAGGGAUGAGAGUAAGUUCACAUGCUCCCAUUCUGAAAAACUUGUACAAGUUGAUAGCAUCUGGAUGCAUAAUGUUGUUUUUGCAGAUAAACAUAAGAGCGCAGAUGAACAUAAGAUAGAUUCUCUUCCAUCAAUUGAGGAGUGCCUGGAAUAUUAUUUUGAAAAAGAGGCCGUGAUAAGGAGCUGUGAUAGCUGUGCCAAGCAUGAGGAGCCAAGCACCAGCCCAAGAAAAGUUGGUGGGCAGAUGAUGGCAAGCAUCAAGAAAAGAUGGUUGGCAGAUUGGGUCCAAACUGAACGUGACCACAGAAAAGCAAAGAGUGACUUGUUCGGUGCGCAUGAUAACCAAAAUGCCAGCACACUAAAUGUGGGAGAAGCCCCAAAUGAGCAGAAAGGCAUACAUGCAGAUAAAACGCUUGUUCUUAGCAAGCUGCCACCUGUACUAACUCUUCAUGUGGUGAGAUUUGAGGGCAAGGAUAAGAGACCGGGACAUGUGAAGUUUGAGGAAAAUCUUGAUGUAGGAAAAUAUCUGGACCCCAGGUCUGAGGACAAAAAUCAUGCCAGAUAUCGUCUAGUUGGUGCCAUUGAGCAUUUUGGGAACUCCUUGAAGGAGGGCCACUAUGUCGCUUAUGUGAGAGGAAGCAGGACUGGAACAGAGCAGCAGCAGAGCAGCGGCUCUUCCACAUGGUUUUGGGCAAGUGACUUGACCAUCAGAGAAGUCCCGCUAGCCAACGUUCUCAAGUGUGAGGCCUACCUUCUUUUCUAUGAGAGGAUAGAAGAUUGAGACAUGUAUGGCAGUAUGUCCAAGUAAUCGGAAGAGCAAUCACAAGGGAUUGGUGAACAUGCUUUAGUUGGCCAAGGAUCCAGUCAGUGUAACACUACCAUUGAGACUCUUGCUCAAGUCCAUUCGUGUUGCUUUUGGCGAGGCAUCACGGGGCUUCUGACCUACUGCAGCAUGUACUCAGUUGGGGAGAUUAUCAGCUCAUCUGGUCAUACACAUUCAGAGCUGCUUUCUUUUUGUCCUUUUAUUAGGGGUCUAACUAGGAAGAGAGUAGGAGCUAGCUGUGACAACACAGGCCUUGUCCUGGUUUUGUUGGAUGGUACUCAAUCUUACAUGCUCAUGCUUCACAGUUAAUGAUGUGUUGAAGCAUCUGCGGCAUGAUAGAUGUAUUUUCUUCAUUCUGUGGCUCCAGCCAGCGUAAGUUGAUUGGCUAUGGAAGCUUUUCCUUGUUUUGUGAAUGGUUGCAGAGUUUUUUUUUCCUUUUUGGUUGCCUAGGAAGAUGAUGAUGGAAGGCAUUCUGGUGUUACUGAUUGAACAAGAUGACCUAGUUUUGGUGUU